ACUAACAUUGUAAAUUGCUUUACAGCAAAGCAUCUGCUAAAUAACUGUAAACGAGCAUGUACUGAGGUAUCAGUGUAUCCUCCUUGUUUUUUGAUGUAAGAUUGCACAGUUUUAAGCUGGUUGUUUUGGUUUUUUCCUCAUAUAACCAGCAGUUUGUAUGUGCUGUGGAUGGAGGCGACCAGAGCUUGCGUGUCUCUUGGGGUCUGCCUUCUAUUUACCUUCCUUUACCACACCCAUCAGCAAGUGCGCUCAACUGCUUGUUAACUUCCACUUGACACUGCAUCUCUGCAGCUCCAGCAUGCAGAAAAACCUGUUCCUGAGACAUGGAUAAAUACGAGAAGGUGACCAAGAUUGGAGAGGGCUCUUUCGGCAAGGCCAUCCUGGUCAAAUCCAAGGUGGAGGGGAAACAAUAUGUCAUCAAGGAGAUUGGAAUCUCCAGGAUGUCCGGCAAGGAGAGGCAGGAGUCUCGUAAGGAAGUGGCUGUCCUUGCCAACAUGAGCCACCCCAACAUUGUCAAGUACAAGGAGUCCUUUGAAGAGGGUGGUUGUCUCUACAUAGUGAUGGAUUACUGUGAGGGUGGCGAUCUGUUCAAGAGGAUCAAUGCGCAGAAAGGAGUGCUGUUUCCAGAGGAUCAGAUCUUGGAUUGGUUUGUGCAGAUAUGCCUGGCUCUGAAACACGUUCAUGACCGAAAAAUUUUACACAGGGACAUAAAAUCUCAGAACAUAUUUCUAGCCCAAGAUGGAACUAUUCAGUUGGGGGAUUUUGGAAUUGCCAGAGUUCUUAACAGUACAGUAGAGCUGGCUCGGACCUGCAUAGGGACACCCUACUACCUCUCCCCAGAGAUCUGCGAGAAUAAACCAUACAAUAACAAAAGUGAUAUUUGGGCCCUGGGUUGUGUCCUGUAUGAAAUGUGCACGCUUAAGCAUGCAUUUGAGGCUGGCAACAUGAAGAACCUUGUUGUGAAGAUCAUCCGGGGCUCGUACCCACCUGUCUCGGUGCACUACUCCCACGAUCUCCGGAGCCUCGUUGCCCAGCUGUUCAAACGGAGCCCUAAGGACCGUCCGUCUGUCAACGCCAUUCUGGAGAAGCCCUUUCUCUCACGCAGGAUUCCCAGGUUCCUCAGUCCCCAGCUCAUCGCUCAGGAAUUCAGUCAUGUCACCAUUCACAAGCAGCCCAAGGUCUCUGUGGCACACGGUGUGCCAGCCAAACGGCCAGCGCCAGGGUCGUCCCUCGCAGCCCCAGCCCAGAAGAUCACUAAACCGGCUGCCAAGUAUGGAGUGCCUUUAACUGUCAAGAAACCUGCAGAUGCCGGCAGGAAGUGCGUGGAUGCUGCCAGAAAGUGUGCUGACCGCAAGCCCGUGGUCAAACACAAACCGGCCGCCCUGCCAGUUCCCCAGAGGAAAGUGAGUCGAGUGGAGGAAGAAAGGAAAAAGUUUGAGGAGGGAAUGCGCAAGAAGCGACUGGAGCUGAUGGAGAAAGAGAGGAAGCAGAGGGAGCAGAUGUUAAUGCUGAAAGCAGGCCAUAUGAAAAGAUUUGAGAGGGAAAAGCUGAACCGGAUUAAUCGGGCCCGUGAGCAGGGCUGGCGUCAUGUGCUGAGCUCCAGUGGUGGCAGCCCGGAGAAGAAGUUUUUUGGUGGCGGAGGUGGAAUGGCAGCAGUUCUGGCCCCAGCUGUAGAGCGUGCCCCACAUGAGUUGGUAGCCAAACUUCAUCCUAGAGGAGUGGCCAUAGCAGGCGGGGACAGCCCAUCCAGAGCUGAGCGAGCAGCUCCAGGGCCUGUUCUGAACAAUGGCUCCGCCCUUCUACCGGACAACGUCGUGCUGAAGAGAGAGCUGCACAGGCUGGACGUGAUCACCAAGCAGGCCUGUGUUAGCAGGCAGCGAGGGCAUGCUGCCGCUGAGCGGGCCAGGCAGGUGGAGGAGUUCUGGCAGCGCAAGAGGGAGGCCAUGCUGAACAAGGUCCGUGCUGAAGGCCAGCUGGGUGCCUUGCAAAAGCUGGCGGCAGUCUAUGGAAGCAGGCCUAGUUCAGCAGGAGGUGGGCGGGCCAAGCGAAACACGGAGGAGGAGGAGUAUCUGUCCCGCCUGCGGCAGAUCCGGCUGCAGAACUUCAACGAGCGGCAGCAGAUCAAAGCUCGGCUUCGGGGAGAAAAGUAUGACAGCGAUGGUUCAGACAGCCAGGAGUCCAGCGAGGAAGCUGAGCAGAGGAGGAAGAAGAUUGAAGAACUGAAGGCCCAGGCAAAGGCACGGGCUGCCCUCAUAAAGGAGCAGCUGGAGAAGAAGAGGCGAGAAGCCUAUGAGAAGGAGAAGAAGGCCUGGGAGGAUCACCUGGUGGCUCGAGGAGUGAAGAUGGUAAUGGAGGCAGGGCAAGGAACAGCAUCUCGGCCUGGCUCCUCCCACCCUGACCCGCCAGCCCAAAUUCCGGCACAGCCUAGGCCAAACACCCCGGCCAUCUCGAUGAGCGCUGCUUUGAAGGACGUAGGCGCAGAGGCUACGGUCCCACAGAAACGGGAGAUGGAGGCCCCAAAUGGGGACACAUCCCUUCUGCAGGAUGAGAAGCGGGACAUCCUGCGCAGACUGAACCAGAGCUUUGCAGGCAGGGAGGAAGAGGAGCUGUCCGCCCCUCCACAGGAAGAACAGCAUCACAGCCCUGUACCAGGUCAGCCUGCUGAGGAAGCAAGAGCACCCUCCGAUGGGGACAGGAGGAGGUGGGAGGCAGGCUCUCCAGCCCCUAUUUCCAUAGCGGAGCAGAUUUUGGAGGACACCUCCGUUCCAGGUGCUGAGGCUACGUUGCCAUUGGGGGAUGAGGUCUCUGCUGUAGAUAGGAAGAAGUGGGAAGCUGGAGAUCUGCUCAUUGCUGUUGCCCAACAGACCCUAGAGGAAACAUGUAUUGGUACUGCUGAGAAAACGGUGGGAGAGGUGAUCCAUCUGGAGGUGGAGAAAGAGGAAGUCCCUAGGAAGGCUUGGGGGCAUAGUCCAGACUCAGAGGUGCUCAAGGUUCUGGAGGAGGCGGAGCUCCAGACACUCACUCUCAUGGCAGAGGGUGCUAGUGUUCACCAGGACGAGUGUGUGACAGGUGUUGGUAUUGGUGAAGAAAGCCUGGAUCAUAUGGGUGGAGCCUCAUUCCCAAAAGAACAGGAAGUCGGUCCCACUGCCGUGGACCACAGUUCAGAAGUCAAAGGCUGCGAAGAGCAGGAGUCUUCAAGUUCAGUGGAGGAACCAGCCCUGAUGCCUCAACCUGCACUACCAGAGAGUAACGGAGAAGCAGAUGCAGAGGACGUGGAGACAGAAGUCUUGGAGGAGUGUCAGCACCAGGCCUUGGAUCCCCCAUCCAGAGUAGUGCAGGCCUGGGAACAGAGGCCUCUCAAAGCUCAGGAACCAAGCAGGCCAGCAGGGGGCAGUGUUCAGCCUGAAGGAGCUGCAGAGGAAGGGGACUUGCUGGAGAUGCAGCAUCAGCAGCCAGAGUCUACAGGUCCAGAGUGUGCAUGUGAGGAACCCCUGUUCUACAAGCUGUUGUCCCCGGCUCGUCGGCGGACCGCUGCACUCGCAAUCCUUUCAGCCCAGUCCUCCCAGGAUGACUCGGUGACCUCCCGCUCGCGCUCACGCUCUGCCUCUCCUGUCCGGUCCAAGGCGAAGGACUCACUCCUCAUUGGACUGUCCACUGGCCUUUUUGAUGCCAACAACCCCAAGAGGGAGUCCAGAGAGUUAUUCCAUACAGGACAUGAGCACAUCGUGAUUCUGAUGCAGAUGGACACUAGACAAGCAUUUAAUGCAGGACAUCAUCACAUCCUGCUCAUGGUGCAGAGGGACACAAGACAGAUAUUUAGUACAGGACAUCACAUCCAACUUCCAGUGCAGAGGGACACAAGACAGAUGCUGCGAACCUGUUCCCUUCCAGACCUUGGUAAGAUCUUCAGAACCUUUGAUGAGGACAUCUCAGGGUCCAAUGGUGUGGCUGCACCCGAGGACAACCUGGAGCUUGAAGAUAUUGAGGCCAUGAAGGUGGAAGAGCAUUCAGAGUGUGAGGAAGAUGUUGCAUCUGAGGAAGGGGAUGAAGACUUGCAGGAGCUCAGAGCCUCCAUGGAGCGCCUUUUGCAAGAGCAGCCCAGUGAGGACUACAGUGAGGAGGAUGAAGCUGGCUUUACAAGCAGUCCUCCUGAGGAAGAAGCAGGAGAGUCACAGGCACCCAUCAGUAAUGGCCUUGGGGCAGAGGACGACGCUCACAGCAGUGAGAGUGAGCUCAACGAGGAGUGGCACUCCGACUACAGUGGUGAGGGGGAGGAAAGUGAUACUGAUCACCAGGACAGCAUCUUCAGCCGUCUGGAAGAGCUCAGGUUCAAACUGGAGCAGGACAUGGGCUUUGAGUGCUUCAUAGAGGCGUACAACAAAAUCAAGGCAAUUCAUGAGGAUGAAGAUGAGAACAUUGAGCUUGGUUCCAGCCUGCUUCAGAGUGUACUGGGGAGAGAACACCAGCACCUCUAUCCCAAAAUCCUGCACCUGGUGAUGGCAGAUGGGGCGUACCAAGAAGACAAUGACGAGUAGCAACAAGUCCUGACCCCAAGGCUGCGACAAUCUUGUAGCAGAGCGACGUCUUCCCGUUGCACCCGGUGAGGUGGACAGACGGACAACACGUGGGGUGGGGGGGUUGGUUCCGGUGUGGCAUGCCCUUGCAUGAUCGAGAAGUGGUUCACUGAGGACAUGAUGUCAGAGAACUGCCACAUGUAUGUGCGUUACAAGCUGAUGCUGAACCAAAAAUUGUCCUUUUUGAUGUAAUUUUAUACGUACGUACAUACAGAACAUGGAAUAUUUACCAUGGAGACAAUGGCAGAUAUCA